CCCCAUCAGUUUCAAUUGAAAUCAGAGCUUCCAGGCAAGCAUCAAAAUUUCACAGUACUAACAAACAAAACAAAAUUCAAUAGUCCACACAAAUUUCUGCGAUUGUUUUUGGUUUUUGGGUUUUUGUGUUUUGCUUUGCUUUGCUUAAAACCGCACCAUGCCGAAGGGAACCAAGCUGCGCUUUGCCCUGAUCACCGAGGAGCUGCUCGAGAAGCUGCGCCCCAGUCCGGAGCCGACCAUUCCCAUACGCAGCGCCGUCAAGGAGGUACUCAGCGAGGUAAUGUCCGAACUGAAUCUCAAUCAGAUGAUCGAGGACAAGCUCGUGGAGCUGUUGGAGCGUCGUGGCAUUGCCUCAAGCCAGAGCCCCAGCGACUGCCGCAGCCUGGGCGGCCUUGCCCUCGCCAAGAAGACAUCCGUUUUGAGCAUGCCCAUUGAGUCGUUCUCGUCGGUGUCGCCGCGGCCCAGCGAGGUUCGCAAGCACAGGAAGAGCCAAGAGCGCCUGCAGCUCUCUCCGGCUCCUGUGGCCGCCAAGAAGAACAGGACCAGGUCCCAGACGAUAUUCAUUCAGCCGACACACCGGGAAGUGACCUUCUCACUGGGUGACUCAACUUCCACGCAUCGCGAUGCCACACAAUCCGAUGCAGGCGCUACAUCUCGAGAGGCAGCAGCCCCUACUUAUCGGGAUGCAGCCGCCACACAACGCGAUGGAGCCGCCACACAUCGGCACUCAUCAUCGGCACGUCGGGAUUCUGUCUCGCCGCAUCGUGAUGCCGCUGCCACACAGCGAGAGGUAGCCGUCUUGUAUCGGGAUGUGGCCUCCAGCCAAAGACGAGCCGAAUCGAAGUCCCAUUCCUAUCGCAAGUUCCUUUCCUUUGACCAGCAGCAGGAUUACGUGCGCCGCAAGUCGCUACGCAAGAAAUGAACUCGGAACUCGGAACUCAGAACUAAGUACAAUUCCAAAUUAUUCCCAAACAAAAAGGAAUUUUUAUUCUACAUAUAUUUUUGUUCAAAUUUAAAUUGAAUUGAAUAAAUUUGAAUUU